GAGUGUAAUUUUUCAGCUGGCGAUGAACAUUUCAUUAAUGGCACUUCAAGUGAACUUAGUGAAGUUGAAAAGGAAUUGAUCAGAGAUGAACUAAAAAAGACUGAAGAAGAAAUCAAUACAUUACGUCAGGUGCUGGUUGCACGUCAGAAGCAUGCGAGUGAUUUGAAACGAAAAUUGGGCAUUUCACCCUUCACUGAGUUUACUACUGAUAUCAAUCACUCGUUGCAGCAUGUCAAAGAAUCGCAAGCAUAUCAGAAAACAUCGGAAGUGGUCGCAGGUACGGCGGAUACUGUGAAGAACAAAUGGAAUGAUAUGCGCAAUUCAUCACUGUUCAAAUCAUUCGAAUCUAAACUAGAAACAGCAUAUACGACUGCAAAAAUGGCAGCAUCCACAAGCAUCGACCAAAUUUCGGGGAUUGCUAAAUCAUCGGGAGCGUCCAGCCAAACGGAUCCGACAUCACCAUCAAAUGAAAAAGUACAGCUGUAA